AUAAAGUGGUACGAGUAGAGAAGCUUGAGAGAGAAAUGGGUAGAGUGGAAGGCCGGUAGAGCCUUAAUUUGUGUUAAAAAGACAGACAGUAGGUGGGUAGCAGGUGUGUAGACAGUAGCAGGUCAAAUCCAGACUGAACUGACUGAAUGAAGUAAAGCAGAAGAGAAGGAGGAAUUAUUUUCGUGCAGCAAACCUUCAGGACCAAAGCCAACCUGUAGGACGUCAUCAUGCUUGGUGAAGCGUUCCUCCACGUUCUGAAGUACACACAGGAAGGCCCUGAACACACUGCCUGCAGGGACCAGAACACACACUUACAAGCCACUCCUCCACCUGAAACCACCAUGACUCAACUGACCUUCAAAUCACCACUGACACCUCGGGCCUUGCGAGCCGCACGGCCUGAAGGCCGAGAGAAGCCUGGCCAUUGCCUGACCUCAACACCCAGCAUGGCCCUCAGCAUUCCCACCUGCAGUGUGGAGAACCACUGGGAGAUGGAGCACUACAUUUCCGGGAGCUGCCCCAGCAUCUGCAAGGCCUACCCUGACCUACAGCUGGCGGGAGACACUCUAAGGGGCCCCCAUCAUUUACAUAACCCAGCACACCUCAUCUCCCAAUCCCAUGGUCCUCUGCUGCAGUCCCAGGACCUCGGCUCCCUGGAGGCCUUUAAUGAGACUGGACAGGAAGUGGAUUGCCCGGCCAAGCCGGAUGAGGGCUACCUGGUGAUAGAGAGUAUACAAGGCCCAGGUUCGGAACCGAGGCUGACCAACUCGAUGCUAAACGGCUAUCUGGAGACCCAGCUGAUGGAGGUGUAUCGACAGCACAUGCAGGACAGCCUGGCACGCUGUGCCUCAUCCUCGCUAACUGCUAGCGUAGUUCCAGCGCUAGUCCAUGCCAAUUUGAGUAAGUCCCAUGGACAUAAGGCCAUUCAAGAGGAUGGACUGAACUCAAGCUCGUCCCAGGAUAGUCUACGAUACCUUAGCACCUGUUCGGCCCCGCCCACUUCUCACUUUAGUUCACCUGUGUUGCGGAUUUCAUACCCUCAAGAACCAAAAUCCUAACAC